AUGGGUUGCUGUUUUAGCUACACCGACACCACCAAAAGAGGACCAAGUCACCCAAAACCACCAAGCCGCCACCAUCACCAUUCACCGCCACCACCCCACAAACCCAAUGUCACCGCCACAAGAACCCCACCACCACUUGAAGAAGAAACAGUCAAAGAAGUCCUCUCGGAAACCCCCAUUAUCGUCAAAACACAGAAAACUACUCUAGUAUCAACAACAGCAGCAGCAACAACAACACAACCCCAAGAACCAAAAAUCCUAACACAAAAAAACAAUAAGAAACAUCAAGAGGACCAGGAAAUCUCUCAAGCAUCAGAAAUAUGCAACAAUGUCAAUGACACUCUCUCAACAGCAACUACGACCACUGCCGCCACCACCACUACAAUAACAGACAUAAGAGAAGACGAGGUUACAAGCAAGAAAAGGGUCAACAAAUCUCCUGCCAAAGUACGAAAAAAGCGUCCGCACACCGGAGACAGAGAAAGGGUGCCGAAACCUCCGGCGAAGACGACCGGUCAGGUGAUAAUCAGGACUGCAGCUGGGCAGCGUAAUGUGGGGUCCAGUGGUGUCAGGAGGGAUUUUGGAAGGUCACCGGGGACUAGGACGGCAGGUGGAGUUGGGAGGGGUCGUGUCGGAGCGAGUCCUGGAAAGGUAACUGCAGAAGCCGGUGGGAGGUCAGUGGAGAGGAAGAAGGAGGAGACCGUAAACGGCACCGUUCUGAUGCAGCAGCGGCAGGAGGGAAACGAGUCUCUUGAGAACCCACUUGUUUCCUUGGAAGGCUUUAUCUUUCUUUAG